UCUCAUCGCCACUCAGGCUUUUAUAAAAACUAAGGAACCCUGUAAUUGUUUAAACUACCAAAAAGGGGAAGAUGUCAGGUGUUACCAAUCCACCCCAAGAAGAAGACAAGAAGCCCAACGAUCAAUCUGCCCACAUCAACCUUAAAGUCAAGGGACAGGAUGGGAAUGAGGUUUUCUUUAGGAUCAAAAGAAGCACCCAACUGAAGAAGCUUAUGAAUGCUUAUUGUGAUAGACAAUCUGUGGAGCUUAACUCAAUUGCCUUCUUGUUUGAUGGCCGCCGUCUCAGAGCAGAGCAAACCCCUGAUGAGCUUGAAAUGGAAGAUGGUGAUGAGAUUGAUGCCAUGCUUCACCAAACUGGUGGCACAAAUGCUCCGAAGAUGUAAUGCUUAUUUGCCAAGAGCAAGAUAUCUAUAUUCACUGCCAUGUAUGUUAAGGAGAUGUAAGUUCUUGGAGACUUAGUAAACUUGUUUAUGUUGUUGACUUGGUGUUGCUCUUUAAGUAUUUAGCUUUCUAUUCUAGAGCUCUGACAGUAACUGUUAUUAAACAGAAUCCAGUUGUGAACUUGUGUAAUUUUGUGUUGUGGUGACGUGCUGCUGUUCAAAUUUCGCUUAAAACGCGACUUAUAUAUAUUUUUAUGUCUUUUUGUUUGAAA